AUGGGUAUCUCACGACGUCCCAAGGACAAAUCCGCAAAGACUGGCCCCGCCGGACCGUCCGGAGGGGCUGGCGGCGGCAAGCCCAAGAAGGCCACAUACGAGGUCACGAAGAAGAAGGAGAUUGGCGUUUCGGAUCUCACGUUGCUCAGUAAGGUGUCCAACGAAGCCAUCAACGACAAUCUCAAGAAACGAUUCGAAGGCCAAGAGAUCUAUACCUACAUCGGCCAUGUAUUGGUGUCAGUCAACCCCUUCCGGGACCUAGGUAUCUACACCGACCAGGUACUCGACAGCUACAAGGGCAAGAACCGUCUCGAGAUGCCCCCGCACGUCUUCGCUAUUGCCGAAUCUGCGUACUACAACAUGAAGGCGUAUCAAGAUAACCAGUGUGUCAUCAUUUCCGGAGAGUCUGGUGCUGGCAAGACGGAAGCCGCCAAGCGGAUCAUGCAGUACAUCGCCAACGUUUCAGGAGGAGAAUCGGGCGACAUCAAGCAGAUCAAGGACAUGGUGCUGGCAACCAACCCCCUACUGGAGUCUUUCGGCAACGCAAAGACUUUGAGGAAUAACAACUCGUCUCGUUUCGGCAAGUAUCUGCAGAUUCACUUCAAUGCGCAGGGCGAACCUGUCGGUGCCGACAUCACCAACUACCUUCUCGAGAAGUCAAGAGUUGUCGGCCAGAUUACCAAUGAGCGAAACUUCCACAUUUUCUACCAGUUCACCAAGGGAGCUUCCCAGAACUACCGACAACAGUUCGGCAUCCAGACACCCGAGACCUACGUCUAUACUAGCAGAUCGAAGUGCCUCGAGGUCGACGGAAUCGACGAUUUGGCCGAGUUCAACGAUACGCUCGAGGCUAUGAGGAUUAUUGGUCUUAGCCAAGGCGAACAAGAUGAGAUCUUCCGCAUGCUGUCUGCUAUCCUAUGGGCUGGCAACAUUCAGUUCCACGAAGGCCAGGACGGAUACGCCGCAGUUAGCGACCAGUCGGUAGUGGACUUCCUGGCAUACCUGUUGGAGGUGACGCCCGAGCAGCUCAUAAAGGCUAUCACCAUUCGCAUUCUCACUCCGCGAAACGGCGAGGUUAUCGAGUCACCGACGAACCCAGCCCAGGCCGCCGCCACUCGAGACGCUCUUUCCAAGGCCAUCUACAGCAACUUGUUCGACUGGAUCGUUGAGCGUGUCAACAAGUCCCUUAAAGCCAAGCAGGCCACGAGCAACAAUAUCGGUAUUCUCGAUAUCUACGGCUUCGAGAUUUUCGAGAAAAACAGUUUCGAGCAGCUUUGCAUCAACUACGUCAACGAGAAGCUGCAACAGAUCUUCAUUCAGUUGACGCUGAAGGCCGAGCAGGACGAGUACGCACGCGAACAGAUUCAGUGGACACCUAUUAAGUACUUCGACAACAAGAUCGUGUGUGACCUCAUCGAGGGUAUCCGCCCUCCUGGCGUCCUCUCCGCCAUGAAAGACGCUACCAAGACAGCCCAUGCGGAUCCUGCUGCAUCUGACCGAACCUUCAUGCAGAGCAUCAACGGCAUGUCCAACCCUCACUUGACCCCUCGUCAAGGCAGCUUCAUCAUCAAGCACUAUGCUGGUGACGUAGCUUACACGGUGGACGGAAUUACGGACAAGAACAAGGAUCUGCUCCUGAAGGGAUUGCUCAACCUAUUCUCUGGUAGCAGCAACCGCUUCGUCCACACAAUCUUCCCCAACCAAGUCGACCAGGAUAACCGCAAGCAGCCCCCUUCCGCCGGUGACCGUAUUAGGGCCUCCGCGAAUGCGCUGGUUGAAACUCUCAUGAAGUGCCAGCCUUCUUAUAUCCGAACCAUCAAGCCUAACGAGAAUAAGUCGCCCUCCGAGUACAACGUCCCGAACGUCCUUCACCAAGUCAAGUACCUUGGUCUUCAGGAGAACGUUCGCAUUCGUCGUGCUGGAUUUGCCUACCGUCAAACAUUCGAGAAGUUUGUGGAUCGUUUCUUCUUGCUUUCUCCUGCGACUUCAUACGCCGGCGAGUACACCUGGCAAGGAUCGUACCAGGAUGCAGCCAAGCAGAUUCUCAAGGACACCAGCAUUCCCAAGGAAGAAUGGCAGAUGGGAACGACAAAGGCCUUUAUCAAGUCACCCGAGACCCUCUUUGCGCUCGAGCACAUGCGAGACCGGUACUGGCACAAUAUGGCCACCCGCAUUCAGCGCAUGUGGCGCGCGUACUUGGCCUAUAGAGCUGAGUCUGCUACUCGUAUCCAGCGUUUCUGGCGUAAGAAGAGAACCGGAGCCGAGUACCUGCAAUUGCGUGACCAGGGUCACAGGGUUCUCCAAAACCGCAAGGAGAGAAGGAGAUUCAGUCUGCUUGGCUCCCGAAGAUUCUUGGGUGAUUAUAUGGGAAUCAACGCUUCAAUGGGACCUGGCUCGCAAAUUCGAAAUGCCAUCGGCAUCUCCAACAACGAGAAGGUUGUCUUCUCUUGCCGCGGAGAGAUCCUGGAGGCCAAGUUUGGCCGAUCCAGUAAGCCAAGUCCCCGUAUCCUGAUCGUCACCAGCAGCAAGUUCUACAUUGUUGCUCAGAUGCUUGUCAAUGGCCAGCCUCAAAUAUCCGUUGAACGCUCGAUGCCUCUUGGUGCCAUCAAGUUCAUUGGAGCUUCCUCGGCUCGUGAUGACUGGUUCUCUUUGGGUGUGGGCUCGCCCCAGGAGGCUGAUCCUUUGUUGAACUGCGUCUUGAAGACCGAAAUGUUCACGCAAAUGCAGCGUGUCAUGCCUGGUGGCUUUAAUCUCAAGAUUGGCGAAGUGAUUGAGUACGCAAAGAAGCCCGGCAAGAUGCAAACGGUCAAGGUCCUCAAAGACUCUCAGCAGGCCGUGGACUUCUACAAGAGCGGAGGUGUACACACUCAACCGGGCGAGUCCCCAUCGUCUGUCUCCAAGCCGACACCCAAGGGCAAGCCCGUUGCCGCUCGACCCAUUACCCGUGGCAAGCUCAUCAAGCCUGGUGGCCCCAACGGUAGACCCUCUCGGCUGACAAACACCAACCGGACUCCUCAGCCUCGACCUGCUGCUUCUUCUGCAAGAUCGGUUCCUCAACCUCCUGCUGCCAUCAGCUCAGCCAAGACUGGACCAUUUGGACGUCAACAACCACAAGCCGCCGCCGCUGCCGCUUCGAUUCCUUCACAUACCAGACAGCAAUCAUCAACUUCUGCAGCGACCAGAAUGCCUCCUCCUCCGCCUCCCGCUGCGCCCCCCGCCAAGGCCAAGAUCAUGGCCAAGGUCCUGUACGACUUUGCCGGUCAGAAGGAGAACGAGUUGACGGUCAGAGCCGGUGACCUGAUCGAGGUCGUCCAGAAGGAGAACAACGGUUGGUGGCUCGCGAAGAACGGUGGCGCUCAAGCCUGGGUUCCUGCUGCCUACGUUGAGGAGCAGGCUCCCGCGCCCGUCGUGGCUCCUCGCCCGCCCCCUCCCCCUCCUUCGGCCAACGGAGCGGCCGCCCGUGGCAAGCCGACUCCUCCUCAGCCGCCCAUGAAGCGACCCGCUGCUGGACGCAAGCCGGCCGUUGCUCAGCCGCGCGACUCGGGCUUGAGCCUCAACGGAGCUAGCGGCUCCGACAACAGCCGUAGCAACACCCCGACUCCCAGCUUGGGCAACAGCUUGGCGGAUGCUCUGCUCGCUCGCAAGAACGCGAUGCAGAAGAAGGACGAUGAUGACGAUUGGUAA